CGCCCGACCGAGCAGACACCAUAGCACUCGCUCCGCGCCCCGCAGUGUGAAAGGCAGUUGGCGCCGCGGGCUUCGUUGUUGGCGGUACCCGACCGUGCCACGAGUGUCAGGCCGCGCUGAGGAAUCGCCCCCCGGCUUGAUGCUCGAUUCUCGUUCCGCUCCAUUCAGCGCCGCGACGGGACAGCCCGACAGCGACAGCAGGCCGGCGACUAGUCAACUUUGAGUGGCCCCCCCAGUCACGCAGUCAGUGCCAGUCUGCCAGUCCCCAGUCGAGUUCGAGUCAGUGAUCAGGCAGCAGGACCGCGCGCCGCAACCGCACCGUGUCUCAGUCUCAGCCGGUGUCUCGCCUCACGGUACUCAUCGCGUGGUGUGUGUGUUCAGGGAGCAGCUUCGAGAUGGAUUCGGACAACGCGGAGGCCAAUGGCAGCCUCAUCGUCGUGUCCAACAGGCUGCCGUUCGUGCUCAAGAGGAACGACAAGACCAAGCAGUUGGAGCGGAAAGCCAGCCCUGGUGGAUUGGUGACUGCAGUUGCACCGGUUGUUGUUCGAGGCAAAGGCUUUUGGGUGGGUUGGCCAGGUAUUCACCUUGACGACCCCAAUGAGCCUAUUCCUGAAUCUGAUCCAGCUGAUCGCACACCAACAGCUGGACUACUCUCUGAUAAGGUUGUUGCUGUUCACGUCGACCCUGCAGUGUUUGACAGCUACUACAAUGGCUGUUGUAACAACACAUUUUGGCCUCUGUUCCACUCAAUGCCUGACAGAGCAUCCUUCAGUGCUGAGCAUUGGCGGAAUUACUAUACUGUGAACAAGGAGUUUGCACAGAAGACAGUUGCUGCUCUGGAGAAAGUUUCAAAAGACCAAGGUCCAGAGGCUGGUCCCCCACUAGUCUGGGUCCAUGAUUAUCAUUUAAUGCUUGCAUCAAACUGGAUCAGACAAAGUGCUGAGGAGUUAAACCUCCGAUGCAAACUUGGUUUCUUCCUGCACAUUCCUUUCCCUCCAUGGGAUAUUUUCCGGUUGUUCCCUUGGUCUGAUGAAGUACUUCAAGGAAUGCUUGGUUGUGAUAUGGUUGGCUUCCAUAUUGAAGAUUAUUGCCUUAACUUCGUUGAUUGCUGCCAAAGACGCUUAGGUUGCCGAGUUGACCGUAAAAAUAUGCUGGUUGAACAUGGUGGCCGUACUGUUAGGGUUCGACCUCUACCUAUUGGUAUUCCAUUUGACCGAUUUGUGCAGUUGGCACAAAGCGCACCAAGAGUUAUCACAGGCUCCACCAAGAUUGUUCUUGGUGUCGAUCGUCUCGACUACACUAAGGGAUUAGUUCACCGUCUGAAGGCAUUCGAAAUGUUGCUUGAAAAACAUCCUGAGCACCGUGAGAAGGUGACACUUCUCCAAAUAUCAGUUCCAUCGCGGACAGAUGUCAAAGAAUAUCAGGAGCUGAAGGAAGAAAUGGAUCAGUUGGUAGGACGCAUCAAUGGACGUUUCACGACUCCCAACUGGUCUCCUAUCAAAUACAUCUAUGGCUGUGUGAGUCAAGAUGAAUUGGCAGCUUUCUACAGAGAUGCAUCUGUUGCACUUGUUACACCCCUGAGAGAUGGAAUGAAUUUGGUGGCCAAAGAAUUUGUGGCUUGCCAAAUCAAUGAACCUCCAGGUGUUUUGAUUGUCUCCCCAUUUGCUGGAGCUGGUGAAAUGAUGCAUGAGGCUUUAAUUUGCAAUCCUUAUGAAAUUGGAGCUGCUGCCGAAGUCAUCCACAGAGCACUAACAAUGCCUGAAGAUGAAAGGCAACUUCGCAUGAACUACCUGCGAAGGCGGGAGAAAAUCAAUGAUGUAAAUUGCUGGAUGAAGUCUUUCUUGAAGGCCAUGGGUUCUCUCAUUUAUGAGGAUGGAGAGGAAACUUUACCUACCACAAUGCAGCCUGUCACAAUGGAUGACUUUGAAGAAUACUUAGCAAAGUAUGUUGGUUCCAAACACAAAUUGGCUCUUCUGCUGGAUUAUGAUGGUACAUUGGCACCCAUUGCUCCACACCCUGACCUGGCUAUCCUGCCACCAGAAACACGAAAUGUGCUGGAAAGAUUAUCAAACAUGUCAGAUGUUUACAUAGCCAUCAUCUCUGGUCGUAAUGUCAACAAUGUCAAAGAAAUGGUUGGCAUAAAUGGAAUAACAUAUGCCGGAAACCAUGGACUAGAAAUUUUGCACCCUGAUGGUAGUAGGUUUGUGCACCCUAUGCCUAUUGAAUUUGAGGGCAAAGUAAGCAAUCUCUUGAAGCAAUUACAAGAACAGGUGUGCAGAGAUGGCGCAUGGGUUGAAAACAAGGGAGCUCUCUUGACUUUCCACUACCGAGAAACCCCCAUUGAGGUGCGUCCUGAGAUGGUUUCCAAGGCCAAGCAGCUCAUUGAAGACGCCGGGUUCCGAGCUGGCCGGGCCCACUGUGCCAUUGAAGCUAAGCCACCAGUGCAGUGGAACAAAGGCCGCGCGUCUCUUUACAUCCUGCGCACUGCUUUUGGUGUUGACUGGGAGGAACGAGUGAGAAUCAUCUAUGCUGGAGAUGACGUGACUGAUGAAGAUGCCAUGGAGGCUCUCAAGGGUAUGGCUGCCACAUUCCGCGUGACAUCCUCUCAGAUUGUCCGCACUGCAGCAGAGAGACGCCUCCCGAGCACAGACUCUGUUCUCACAAUGCUUAAGUGGGUUGAGCGACAUCUGAGUCGCCGUAAGCCAAGGGAGCACAACCCAGACAGGAGGAGUCGCAACAACUCUGGCAUCAAAAUGGAAAUGUCAAUUCCUGAUGUCCGUCGUUCCCCUUCACCCUCCCCAUCAGCUGACAGGGACGAUGAGGAGUUUUACCCUGCCUAUGAACAGGCAUAUGUGGCUGAGGUGUCGCUUUGAGUGAGGCCAAGUUCAUCCGGAAGCAGAAGAAGGUCGUCUCCAUUUUGUCCAGGUUGAAAUGAAAACUCAAAAGAAAAUACAAACAUGAACUCAACUUCUCUGUAGGUGCUAGUCUUGGUUUGCUAUUUCUGUGUGUAGGUUAAACUUUUAAAUGUUGUUAUUUUUCAUGCUAUGAGAUCAUUUGUACUAUGAAAUAAUGUAUUCCUGUACAAAACAUGUACACAAUGAUCAGCUCUCAAUGUUAGUGAAGACCCAUUUUAAUUUGCUUUACUGUAAAUGCCAAUGAUAAUUAGUACCUCUGGUGAGCUAUGUCUUCCACACCAGAAGUUAAUACUUUUGGCUCUAGUCUAAAACAGGGAGAAUGUAGCUACUCACCUUUUUAUCAUGCUACUUUGUUAUACUUUUUAUUAUUGAAUUUCACCUUAUUUUAUGAAUCAUGUAUGAAUCAUAUUGUCACUGUGGACUGUGUUGUUAUAAUUUUGUUUCAAAUUCUGUACAAUUAUUUUUUUGUACCAUUUUUGGCAGUGUUUUGUAAGUUUCUGUGUCAGGGGUCAAUUUUUAUUACUUAAUCCUCUGUUCCAUUAGCAAAUAUUUCUCCCGAUUAGGAUGCCAAGUCCCGGUGUUGUAAAAUAUCAUUCACCAUUGCAUUUUGUAUCUUGCAUGAAAUGUUACUUUCAGUCAGUUUAUUUUCAGUUUGUUUGUUGUCCUUGAUGCAUGUACUGAUAUUAUCUGUGCACUUCUUUUCAUGGUAUUCAGGUGAUUUGAGUUGAAAGGAAUUGAAUGAUUGUAUUGACACUGAACCAAUGAAAUAUUGCAGCUUACAUCGUAGUUACAUCAAAAUUUUUGAUUUAAUGUGCUAUUUUACCUUUUAAUGCACUCUUUUGAUUUGCCAUCAUGAAUCUUUUUUUAGUGCCAAAGUGUUGUCUCGGUGUAGCAAAAUGAUUUAAUUCCUUAAUCUAACUACGACAAAGACUGUCCUGUGAUACCAACUGGUUCCAAACACACAAGUGAGGAACCAAAGUUGUCUCAAAAAUAAAUUACUUUAUUUUUUACUGAGAGAGAACUUAUGCACAUUUUCUAGUUGAAAACUAUUAUUGCAUGAAUCUUUGUGUGAAUGAAAAUUGGAAUGAAUGAGUGAGUGAGUGACUGGAGAAAAUGAAAAUAUGUAAAAACUAAAUAAA